CAGAAGCAGGAGGAUCUCCGAGUCUGAGGCCAACCUGGUUUAUAGAGCUAGUUCCAGGACAGCCAGGGUUGUUACACAGAGAAACCCUGUCUUGGAAAAAAUAACAAACAAACCAAACGCAUAUGCUAGAGGACAGGAUUUGAGUUCCUAGCACCCACACUAGACAGGCAGCUCACAACUACUUGUAACUCCAGCUGUAGAGGUAUCCAACCCUUCCACCCUCAGCAGGGACCCCCACUUACGUGGAUGUGUCCACACACAGACACACACAAUGUUUAAAAAUAAUAAACCCCAGUCCUCGGGAAAUAGAGUCAAGUGGAUUUCUGUGAUUUCAAAACUAGCCUGUUCUAUGCAGUGAAUUCCAGGCAGGCCAAGGCUACAUGGUGUGCCCUUGUCUCAACAAAAGCCCAAUACCGUAUAGUGCUGGCAGACAGCCACUAAUAACCGAUAUUCUUUUGGGGAUCUCUGAGACAUUAGAUUUCUAAAGAAAUACACUAUAGGAGCCAGGUGUGGCACACACCUUUAACCCCAGCACAUGGAAGGCAGAGGCAGGUAGAUCUCUACAAAGUGAGUUCCAGGACAUCCAGGAUGAUUACAAAGAGAAACCCUGUUACAAAAAAAUAAAUAAAAGAAGAAAUUGGAGGAGAAAAGUAUAAUGGCGUUAAAUUUUUUAUAAUAGUAAAUUCUGUCUAAUUCCACAAUACUUUGCCAACAUCUAAAGUCCAUGCUGGUUGGAUGAGGCAGAGACAUUUUCUUAGUGAUUUAGCCACAGGUAAAGUGUUUAUGCUCCUGUAAACAACUCAAAUGAAAUUCAUUGACUCCUUAAAAGAAAAGGGAAAGUAGGACAGUUGGGAAGAGGACAGGAGUCAGCUGGCAUAUUGGGACAAGAGGGUACCAAGUAAGUAUGGUGGUCAUGCAUUGCAUGCAUGUAAGAAAAUGUGAUGGAACAUCGUGAUAAUACAUACUAAAUGGGAAUGAAAAUGCACUUUGAGUUGGGCAUAGUGAUUCAUACUUGUAAUCCUAGUACUCCUAGUUUCAAAAUGAUGGGAAGAACACCUAAAUACAUGUUAUACAGCAUAGGCAUCUCUGAUGCAAAUAUACAGAUACAUAGGAGGGGUUCCUCCCCCACCCUGUGCUAGGGAUGAACCCCAGAGCCUCAUGGGUGCUAGGCAACCACCAGCCACCACUGAGCUACACUCCAGAUCUAUAACAUAGCCCUCUUAUUUGUUCUCUUAGGUAUGUGUACAUGAGUACAAGUCCCCAUGGAGGCUAGAAGCAUUGCAUCUCUCUGUAUCUGGAGUUACAGGAGGUUGAGUUGCCCAACAUGAAUGCUGGGAACCAAACUUGAGUCCUCUGCAAGAGCAGUGUAUGCUCUACACAGCGCCUCCCCCCAUACAUUCAGAAAGGGCCAAAAGGUGUUAGAAUGUUGGAUAGUGGUAUUUAAGUCAAGCUUUUCUAUGUCUUGGGCUUUCCAGACCUUCCCUAAGAUGGUUGUAUACUCUCCCCUUCCUUUAUUAGAGAGGGCAGGAAUCUCUAUAUCUUAAUGGAACGUGUUUAGCAGGAAAGGAAAUGAGAUUACAGUAAGAAGUAGAGGAGGUGUAUUAGACACAGAAGGAGCAAGCCUAACCUAGCUACUACAUCUACAAAGUGUACUCUGUAGAUGCCCAAACGUGGCAGUUGACAUCCAGCUGCUUUCUCUGUAGAGCUCACCUGACACCUCCUUGUGCAGUCCUCCCUGAAACCUAAGCUGAGGGAGAGUAUGUGAGGACGGAUAGAUUCAAGGGUCUCAUAUAAAAUGGAGUAGUGCUCAACUAGUUUCUAUUUCCAUCUAAUCUAGCGAUUCAGAUUAAGAGCAGUUUCUUCUCCCCCAGCAAUUGAAUAGGGGGUUCUCAGAGUCAGCAUCCUGGCCAGUCUUAACAGCAUCCAGAAGGUGUACCCACAUCAGUGGUGAGCCAGCUGGGUGUGGUCGUCCAAACCAGUGAUCCCAGCGCUUGGAGACCGAGGCAGGAGGAUCAAGAGUUAGUCUGUUACAUAUCUAGAACAAUGGUUCUCAGCCUGUGGGUUGAGACCCAACUUGCAGGGGUUGCCUGAGACUAUUGGAAAACAUGUAUUUACAUUUAUAAUUCAUUACAGUAGCCAAACUACAGCUAUGAAGUAGCAACAAAAAUAAUGUGGUUGGGGGGUCACCACAACAUGAGGAACUGUAUUAAAGAGUUAGGAAGGUUGACAACUGCUAUUUCAAAGGUAUAUCCAUGUCAGCUUUAACUGUGGGCCCGCUGGGUAUGGUAGUGCAAACUGGGGUUCCCAGCACUUGGGAGGCUGAGGCAGGAGGGUCAGGAGUUCAAGGUUAGCCUGGGCUCCAUACCAAGACCCUGUCUCAUUAGUGUAGGGGUGUUAAGCAGUAACUGGGAAAGCAAUUCAGAGUACCGGAAGUUUCAUCUGCCUCCCUGAGCCAUAGUAACUACUUUCAGACCUCAUAAAACCCACCCACUCAGUCCCAGGAAAACAAAAUAGCAAAGUGGACCAGGGAGGUCCAGGAGGCUUCUGGGACUGUCUGGAUUGGCCCCAGGAAAACAGCAGGUUUAGGGCCACAGGCAGCAGCAGAAGCAUCUGAAAACCUGCACCGGCCUAAUGUGGGUGGAAGGGCAAAAGAAACUAUCAUGGCUGAGGGCUUGACAGAGAGGAAGCAGAUGAGCUGGUAAGGGAGAAGCUGGGCUGAGCACAGGACAGAACCCAGGCUCUCCAGCUCCCACUGCCUGAGCUGUCCCUUUAAACGUCAUACCACACACAGUGUUUAGACAGAACAGAGAAGAAACAGACAUCCUCAAUCUCUGGGGAAGGAGGCUGGAACAGAGGAUGGACUGUUUAUUCCUGGCAGCCCCAUACCCAAAGGGUCUUGCACCACUUAGUCCGGCCCCAGACAACACUCCCAGAGCCUGACUCUCAACCCACUGCCACUGCCGUUGCGUGGGUCUGAGACUGUGCGGCUGGCUUCCUGGAGAAUGAGUUUAACGCAGCUCUGCUUAGUCUCCCAGCAGAAGCCCCGCCUCUCCAUGACCCAGGAAUGUGUGCUGUGGGGCAAAUGGUGCCAGAGUUCUCAGACCUCUAGCCUUUGGAGCUGCGUUUCUCCAAGGGAACUGAAGUUCUCUUGCUCUAUGAGGAAGGAGGAACCCAGACCAGGACAGAGCCUGAGUCUGCUUCCUGCUGUCCCCAGCAUAGAAGCAACAUGUACUCAUUGGCCAGGACACCAGGCAUGGCCAGAAGCCCUGCAAGAGUGGCUGCUGUGAGUCUCUGAUCCUCAGAGGAAGGCCCAGCUAGCAAGCACCACCUGCUCCUAACAGCCAUGCAUGCUGACUGCAGCUCCAGGCCCUCCGUGUGCCAAGACCCAUGAUGACACCCAACAACACUGGGGAGGUGGCCAGCUCCAUUCCCAUGGGGGCACUGGAGCUUUCCCUGGCCCUGGCAAGCCUCAUCGUCGUCGCCAACCUGCUCCUGGCCCUAGGCAUCGCCCUGGAUCGCCACCUGCGCAGCCCACCUGCCGGCUGCUUCUUCCUAAGCCUGUUACUGGCCGGGCUACUCACAGGGCUGGCACUGCCCAUCCUUCCUGGGCUGUGGAGCAGGAGCCACCGGGGCUACUGGUCCUGCCUCCUUCUCCACUUGGCACCCAACUUCUCUUUCCUUUCCCUGCUCGCCAAUCUGCUGCUAGUGCAUGGGGAGCGCUAUGUGGCAGUCUUGCAGCCACUCCGGCCCCAUGGGAGUCUGCGACUAGCACUGCUCCUCACCUGGGUCAGCCCCCUGCUCUUUGCCAGCCUGCCUGCUCUGGGCUGGAACCACUGGAGUCCUGGUGCCAACUGCAGCUCCCAAGUUGUCUUCCCAGCCCCCUACCUCUACCUCGAAGUCUAUGGGCUCCUUUUGCCUUCUGUGGGGGCUGCUGCCCUUCUCUCUGUCCGAGUGUUGGCCACUGCCCACCGCCAGCUGCAGGAUAUCUGCCGACUGGAACGGGCAGUGUGCCGUGAUACACCCUCAACCCUGGCCAGAGCUCUCACCUGGAGGCAGGCUAGGGCACAGGCAGGAGCCACGCUGCUCUUUUUGCUGUGCUGGGGACCCUAUGUGGCGACACUGCUCCUGUCAGUGUUGGCUUAUGAGCGGCGUCCACCACUAGGGCCUGGAACUCUGUUAUCUCUCAUCUCACUGGGCAGCGCCAGUGCUGCAGCUGUGCCUGUAGCCAUGGGUCUGGCUGAUCAACGCUACACAGCCCCAUGGAGGGCAGCUGCCCAAAGGUGGCUGCGAGUGCUUCGAGGAAGAGCCAAGAGGGACAGUCCAGGCCCCAGCAUUGCCUACCACACCAGCAGCCAAAGCAGCAUGGACCUGGGCUUGAAUUAGGGAAACAGAUGCUGCCUCCCAGGAGCAUCCCUCCAUCUCUUAUGCCUGACUUCUUUAGAGUGGAGCCAUUGCUCCAUGAGACCUCACCCUGACCAAAUAAAUUUCUGGUCAUAAUUUCACAGUA